ACCCAAACCAACCUGCGGCGGAUUAUCACGACACUCUCAAUUCUUUCACUUAUUUAACCUAUUGUUAUUAUUAUUUUACCAUUUAGCCCACAAUCUAUCAUUUUUAAAGGAUCAGCUGCUGUAAACGAUAUGUUGGAAGUUUCAAAGAGCAUAUUCAUCCUUCUCUCCUGCGUGUUGCUGGAACCUGUGUUUUCAGUGCAGAGUCAGAUGUGUGACAUGGUGAAGGAAAUAGACAAGGAGAGGGACCUGUGUGAGGCUCAGCUCAAGAACAGAACGACAGGUUGCAAUGGGACAUGGGACAAGAUCACCUGCUGGCCCAGUGCCGAUGUUGGAGAGAUGGUCACCAUUCCUUGUCCCAAAUAUCUCUUCUACUUCUCCAGGGAUGUUCCCAUACGUAACCUGUCGAAGAUCUGCACUGAGGACGGCUGGACCCCAAUUAGCAUAGACUCAUACAUAAUGGACUGUGGAUACAACCCCAACAACACCAUGGAUGAUAAUUCCUCGGGAGAAUUCUUCGAUGCCAUAAAAGUGGGUUACACCAUUGGUCACAGCGUGUCCCUCAUUUCUCUGACAAUCGCCAUCAUCAUACUGUGUCUCUUUCGGAAGCUGCACUGCACAAGAAACUACAUCCACAUGCAUCUGUUUGUGUCUUUCAUACUGAAAGCUGUGGCUGUUUUCAUCAAGGAUGUGGUCCUGUAUGAUGUCGGGGAGACGGACAAUUGCCAGUCGCCUGUGAGCUGCAAAGCAGUGGUGGUCUUCUUCCAGUAUGGGGUCAUGGCGAGUUACUUCUGGCUGCUGGUGGAGGGCUUCUAUCUCCACACUCUGUUGGCAGUUUCCUUCUUCUCUGAAAGGAAGUACUUCUGGUGGUAUAUCCUGAUUGGUUGGGGGGCUCCAACUAUCUUUAUCUCAGCAUGGGUGAUUACAAAGGCUUAUUUAAAUGAUCCUGGAUGCUGGGAGAUAAUAGACGACUGCCCUUGGUGGAUCAUUAAAACACCCAUUUUAGUUACCAUACUUGUGAACUUUUUCCUCUUCAUCUGUAUUAUCCGGAUUUUGCGGCAGAAGAUGAAUUGCCCUGACAUCGGGAGAAAGGAAUCCAAUCAGUACUCGAGACUGGCCAAAUCCACUCUGCUGCUAAUACCUCUCUUUGGCAUAAACUACAUCAUUUUUGCCUUCAUCCCUGACGACAUCCACCCCCAAGUCAGGAUGGUGUUUGAUCUUAUUCUUGGGUCAUUUCAGGGUUUUGUUGUUGCAGUUUUGUACUGCUUUCUGAACGGAGAGGUACAGGCUGAGAUUAAGCGCAAGUGGCGUAGAUGGAUGCUACAGCGGUUCCUGGGUGCUGACACUAAGUACCAGCAGCCCUCCAUAGGCAGCAACGGCAACAACUUCAGCACCCAGAUCACCAUGUUGGCAAAAUGCAGCCCCACAACACGCAGGGUGUCUGAGUGUCAGGAGAACCUCUCUGCCAUCUGAGACCCAUCUACAGUUAACUCACCUCUCUAUUCCUAUCAUUGGGUACUGAAUUGUACACUCAUGCACUGUUGCAAUGCAGUUUAGUUGGUUACUGAAGGGUCAAUAUGUACUAAAAUGUACUGAAGCUAAUAUUUGUUCAUUGUAACUUUAUCCAUCACCUAUCAAAUAAUGAUCAGCUGUGAACAGAUGUGAUCUGUGUUUUUCUUGCCAGGGUGCAGAGGCAUCUGAAACUACUUACAAAAAUACAGCACCUGUUAAGUACAACGGGUAUAUUAUUAUCUUUACAUGAAGAAUUAAUUUAAAAACAACAUUUUGACAGACUUUUGUAAUGUAGCUUUGAUCAGGAAGGAACUGUUGGUUGAAAACUCUGACUGGCACAUAUCUGACAUAUGAGCUAGUCUCACACUGAUAGAUAGGCGAACAGAUUAGUAAAGCUUUGUUGAGAUCACAUGAUCUGUCAGUUGUUAAAAAAUCAACUCUCAGAAUGACAUAAACAAAGUCUUCUAUAAUGAACGCACUCCAUAAUACUGCAGGAAGAGGGAUCUUCAUGGCCACUCUGUGAAAUAAAGGGAAAUGGAGCUCUUGGCUAGAGUUUUCCAUCUGAUGUUAAGCAAUAGAUGGACAGAGCCAGAGAUGAGCUGUGUCCUAUAAGAAGCAAGAUGUUUAUUAAAAGGGUGUGUUACACAAGAGGACUCCAAGCACUUAACCUAAUAGCCCAUGUUGCUUAGGGGACCGAUGGUAACAACAUUAAUGACAGUGUCAGGCUGUCAUGAACAGUAGUCACAGAGGAGGAAUCUAUAGCAUUACCAACAUACUGGAUGUUCCUAUCCUGUCUAUGACAGUUUUAUACGGGGCAUACUCUCUGCUGAAUUACUGCCGGAUAACAUUCCAGAGAAGACACUAAAGCUCCCGCUUGUGAAAUUUAUCUCAGAUUACAAAGGCUUUUAGUUUUGUCUGAGUGCACAGUCGCUUUGCAGACCGUCGCUUUUACUGUUUCUGCAACUAAUGGACCAGAUGUAUUCCAUUAUUAGUCCACAACACACAACAUUGUGAAUAAAUAUGUGGCAACACUGAUUAACUUCCAUUAACUGGAUUGCAUGGACAAUUCAUUUCAUUGCAUUGAUUGUUAGCUUUCUAUUAUCUUUUGGUCUAUUCUGCUCUAUAUUUACAGAUUAAAUAGAUAUUAUUAUUGUUAUUGUACCAUAUUGUUUUUUAGUCAUGCUAGCACCAUGGCCAUUGGCCGCUCGGCCCACCACUUUGGUCAAGAUGGAAAUAUCUUGAAAGUGAUAGGAUGGAUUGCCAUGAUAUUUUGUACAGACAUUCAAUGUCCCCAGAGGAUGAAUGUUAAUAACUCUGAUGAUUCUCUGACUUUUUAUCUUGCACCAUCAGCAGGUCAAAGUUUCCACUUAAAAGUGAAAUAUGACACUAUCUACUGCAUGGGUUUGGACAACCUACAUUCAUUAUUCCCUUUAUUCAUUCAAAUUACUUUGGUGAUCCUUGACUUUUCCUCCACUGCCAUCAUUAGGUCGACAUUUGUGGUUUGGAAUGACAUGUCUCAACAAUUAUUGGGUGGACUGGUGUGAAAUUUAGUUCAAAUAUUCAUGUUUUAAACCUGGAUGAACUGUAAAAAAAAAACAAAACAAAAAAAAACUAUGCCUUAACUUUUAAUUUAGCAUCCUCAUUAAUACUGACAAUAUCAUUUAUGAUCAGUGACUGCUGAACUAAUGACAUUCUCAACAGCUUCAACUAUACUUUGAGUAUAGCACUAAUUAACAAAUGCUGGCAUGCCAACAAACAACAAACAUAGACCCUUUAGACAUCAGCGUGUUAACAUGUUGUCAUUGUGAACAUGUUAGCAUGCUGGCAUUAAACUCAAAGCACUGCCUCACACAGAUGUUAGCUUGGCUGUAGAUUGUUAGUCUCAUUUGGUGUAAUAGGAUUUAUCGAGUUCAAUGACACCCUGCAUGGUAUAUGUUAUCCUCUGUUUAAUAAUGCUGUCAAACAUUAAUUUGAGGCCACCUCCUGCACAAAAAAAGACAUUUUCAGACAUUAAUUUGUACAGUGACAGUGUCACAUUUCAUGUGGGAGUCAUGUUUGAGUUUGAUGUUUACUUUAGUCCCCUUUCUUCUUGUACCAGUGCGUGCAAAACUGAAACUAACUGAAAGUACCUCAGACACAGCUGUUAUGUACCAUGUGAAACUGUAAAUACGGCUGAAGAAUUGGGUUAUGAUGUAUUUUGUGGUGAUGACUUAAUAGUACUCAGGUGUCAACUGGAAAUCGAUGUUUACAUUUAAACGUUCCUCACUCAUGCCAUGUGGUAACGUCACUAAACUGUCUCUUAUUUGUUGCCAUGUAUUUUUUGUGUACAUAUGGUGUACUGUAUAGUAUGUGGAAUCAGCUGUAAAGAUGUUAUUGAACAAUAUGUCAGAUGAAGAUGAAUUAAACCAUUUGCACUGUG